AUCAGUGGUCUUGGAAAACAGAAGACUUACCAGGAGUACACUUAUUUUUGUCACGUUUGAAACACUUGCUCUUGAGGAACUUUCACGUCCGCGUGCACAGCCAUGUGGCCAUCACAGCUCCUAAUCGUCAUGGUGCUCUUGGCUCCUGUCGCUCAUGGUGGCAAGCACAACGAACGACAUCCAGCCCUUGCUGCUUCGCUGCGACAUGCCGAGCGCAGCCCAGGAGGCGCUCAGCCACCAAGACAUCUCCUUCAGCAGCCAGCUGCAGAGCGCGCCGCUGCUCAUCGCGGACAAGGGCCCCGUGGAGCGUCCAGAGGAGGUCGUGGUCCAGGUGCCCAAGGAGCACAGAUUGCAGCCCAAGCUUUCAGUCGCGCCCCAAUUCCGAUGGCGGUGGUCCGCAGAGAGCUGUCCUGUGAGAGCUACCCCAUCGAGCUCCGCUGUCCGGGCACAGACGUCAUCAUGAUUGAGAGUGCCAACUACGGCAGGACCGACGACAAAAUCUGUGACUCCGACCCUGCUCAGAUGGAGAACAUCCGAUGCUAUCUGCCAGAUGCCUAUAAGAUUAUGUCUCAAAGAUGCAAUAACAGGACCCAGUGUGCAGUGGUGGCAGGUCCUGAUGUUUUUCCAGACCCAUGUCCAGGAACCUAUAAGUACCUUGAAGUGCAGUAUGAAUGUGUCCCUUACAAAGUGGAACAAAAAGUUUUUCUUUGUCCUGGCCUGCUGAAAGGAGUAUACCAGAGUGAACAUUUAUUUGAGUCCGACCACCAGUCUGGGGCAUGGUGCAAAGACCCCCUGCAGGCUUCUGACAAGAUUUAUUAUAUGCCCUGGACCCCCUACAGAACUGAUACCCUGACAGAGUAUUCAUCCAAGGAUGACUUUAUUGCUGGAAGGCCAACUACAACCUAUAAGCUCCCCCACAGAGUGGAUGGCACAGGAUUUGGGGUCUAUGACGGAGCUUUGUUUUUCAACAAAGAGCGCACCAGGAACAUUGUGAAGUUUGACUUGCGGACUAGAAUCAAGAGUGGUGAGGCCAUCAUAGCCAACGCCAAUUACCACGAUACUUCCCCUUACCGAUGGGGAGGCAAGUCUGACAUAGACCUAGCAGUGGAUGAGAAUGGGCUAUGGGUCAUCUAUGCAACAGAACAGAACAACGGUAAAAUUGUCAUCAGUCAGUUGAACCCUUACACCCUACGGAUCGAAGGGACAUGGGAUACCGCCUAUGAUAAAAGGUCCGCCUCCAAUGCCUUUAUGAUUUGUGGGAUUCUGUACGUGGUCAAAUCUGUCUACGAGGAUGAUGACAAUGAGGCCACUGGAAAUAAGAUCGACUACAUUUACAACACCGACCAGAGCAAGGAUAGUCUGGUGGAUGUACCGUUUCCCAAUUCAUACCAGUACAUAGCAGCAGUGGAUUACAAUCCCAGGGACAACCUGCUUUAUGUGUGGAAUAACUACCACGUCGUGAAAUAUUCCUUGGAUUUUGGACCUUUGGACAGUAGAUCAGGGCAGGCACAUCAUGGACAGGUUUCAUACAUUUCUCCUCCAAUUCACCUUGACUCUGAACUGGAAAGACCCCCUGUUAGAGAAAUCUCUACCGCAGGCCCACUUGGCAUGGGAAGCACCACCACCAGUACCACUCUUCGGACCACAACUUGGAUCCCAGGAAGGAGUACCACCCCAUCUGUGUCAGGGAGAAGAAAUCGGAGUACCAGCACCCCAUCCCCAGCUGUUGAGGUGCUUGAUGACAUCACCACACACCUUCCAUCAGCAUCAUCCCAAAUCCCAGCUCUUGAAGAGAGCUGUGAGGCCGUGGAAGCCCGAGAAAUCAUGUGGUUUAAGACUCGCCAAGGACAGAUAGCAAAACAGCCAUGCCCUGCAGGAACUAUAGGUGUAUCAACGUAUCUGUGCCUUGCUCCAGAUGGAAUUUGGGAUCCCCAAGGACCAGAUCUCAGCAAUUGCUCUUCUCCCUGGGUCAAUCAUAUUACACAGAAGUUGAAAUCUGGAGAGACCGCUGCCAAUAUUGCCAGAGAGCUGGCCGAACAGACGAGAAACCAUUUAAAUGCUGGGGACAUCACCUACUCCGUCCGAGCCAUGGAUCAGCUGGUAGGCCUCUUGGACGUCCAGCUCCGCAACUUGACCCCAGGGGGAAAAGAUAGUGCUGCUCGCAGCUUGAACAAGCUUCAGAAAAGAGAGCGCUCUUGCAGAGCCUAUGUCCAGGCAAUGGUCGAGACAGUUAACAACCUCCUCCAGCCACAAGCUUUGAAUGCGUGGAGAGACCUGACUACGAGCGAUCAACUCCGAGCAGCCACCAUGUUGCUUGACACGGUGGAGGAGAGUGCUUUUGUGCUGGCUGAUAACCUUUUGAAGACUGACAUUGUCAGGGAGAACACAGACAAUAUUCAGUUGGAAGUCGCAAGGCUGAGCACAGAAGGCAACUUAGAGGACCUAAAAUUUCCAGAAAAUAUGGCCCGUGGAAGCACUAUUCAGCUUUCUGCAAACACUUUAAAGCAAAAUGGCCGAAAUGGAGAAAUCAGAGUGGCCUUUGUCUUAUAUAACAACUUGGGUCCUUACUUGUCCACGGAGAAUGCCAGUAUGAAGCUGGGAACAGAAGCCAUGUCCACGAAUCAUUCUGUUAUUGUCAACUCCCCUGUUAUCACAGCAGCAAUUAACAAAGAGUUCAGUAACAAGGUUUAUCUGGCUGAUCCUGUGGUGUUUACUGUUAAACAUAUCAAGCAAUCGGAGGAGAAUUUCAACCCUAACUGUUCCUUUUGGAGCUAUUCCAAGCGCACAAUGACAGGUUAUUGGUCAACACAAGGCUGUCGACUCCUGACGACAAAUAAGACACAUACUACGUGCUCUUGUAACCACCUAACCAAUUUUGCAGUACUGAUGGCGCAUGUGGAAGUGAAGCACAGUGAUGCGGUCCAUGACCUUCUUCUGGAUGUGAUCACGUGGGUUGGAAUUUUGCUGUCCCUUGUUUGUCUCCUGAUUUGCAUCUUCACAUUUUGCUUUUUCCGCGGGCUCCAGAGUGACCGUAACACCAUCCACAAGAACCUCUGCAUCAGCCUCUUUGUAGCAGAGCUGCUUUUCCUGAUCGGCAUCAACCGAACUGACCAACCAAUUGCCUGUGCUGUUUUCGCUGCCCUCUUACAUUUCUUCUUCUUGGCCGCCUUUACCUGGAUGUUCCUGGAGGGCGUGCAACUCUAUAUCAUGCUUGUGGAGGUUUUUGAGAGUGAACAUUCACGUAGGAAAUACUUCUACCUGGUCGGUUAUGGGAUGCCCGCACUUAUUGUGGCCGUGUCGGCUGCGGUUGACUACAGGAGUUAUGGGACAGACAAAGUAUGUUGGCUCCGACUCGACACCUACUUCAUUUGGAGUUUUAUAGGACCAGCGACCUUGAUAAUUAUGCUUAAUGUAAUCUUCCUUGGGAUUGCUUUAUAUAAAAUGUUUCAUCAUACUGCCAUACUGAAACCUGAAUCCGGCUGUCUGGAUAAUAUCAAGUCAUGGGUUAUAGGUGCAAUAGCUCUUCUCUGCCUGUUAGGAUUGACCUGGGCCUUUGGACUCAUGUAUAUUAAUGAAAGCACAGUCAUCAUGGCGUAUCUCUUCACCAUUUUCAAUUCUCUGCAGGGAAUGUUCAUAUUCAUUUUCCAUUGUGUCCUGCAGAAGAAGGUACGAAAAGAGUAUGGGAAGUGCCUGCGCACGCAUUGCUGCAGCGGCAAAAGUACAGAGAGUUCCAUUGGCUCAGGGAAAACGUCUGGUUCUCGAACUCCUGGACGCUACUCCACAGGCUCGCAGAGCCGAAUUCGUAGAAUGUGGAAUGACACGGUUCGAAAGCAGUCCGAGUCUUCCUUUAUUACCGGAGAUAUCAACAGCUCAGCGUCACUCAACAGAGAGCCCUACAGAGAGACAAAGGGGCUUCUGAACAAUGCCAGGGAUACAAGUGUCAUGGAUACUCUACCACUGAAUGGUAACCAUGGCAAUAGUUACAGCAUCGCCAGCGGCGAGUACCUGAGCAACUGUGUGCAAAUCAUAGACCGUGGCUAUACCCACAACGAGACCGCCCUAGAGAAAAAGAUUCUGAAGGAACUCACGUCCAACUAUAUCCCUUCCUACCUGAACAACCACGAGCGCUCUAGCGAACAGAACAGGAAUCUGAUGAACAAGCUGGUGAAUAACCUUGCCAGCGGAAGCGAAGACGAUGCCAUUGUCCUGGAUGAUGCCACUUCAUUUAAUCACGAGGAGAGUUUGGGCCUGGAACUCAUUCACGAGGAAUCGGAUGCUCCUUUGCUGCCCCCACGAGUGUACUCCACCGAGAACCACCAGCCACACCACUACACCAGAAGGCGGAUCCCCCAAGACCACAGUGAGAGCUUUUUCCCUUUGCUAACCAACGAGCACACGGAAGAUCUGCAGUCACCCCACAGGGACUCCCUCUACACCAGCAUGCCGGCUCUGGCUGGUGUGGCCGCCGCAGAGAGCGUCACCACCAGCACCCAGACCGAACCCCCGCCGGCCAAAGGUGGUGAUGCCGAAGACGUUUACUACAAAAGCAUGCCAAACCUGGGCUCCAGAAACCACGUGCAGCAGCUGCACACCUACUACCAGCUGGGGCGCGGCAGCAGCGAUGGCUUUAUAGUUCCUCCGAACAAAGAGGGGACCCCUCCGGAGGGAAGCUCGAAAGGACCUGCUCAUUUGGUCACUAGCCUAUAGAAGAUGACACCGAAGUUCCAACCUCCAGAACUGCGAACACCUUGUGGACUGUUCCGAGUUGGUAUCAGCAGUGGUAAUCACGUGUGUACUCCUAAAUCUUUAUAUGCUGUUCUCAACAAGACAACCACGGACUCUUACGACUUUUUUUUUUUUUUUUUUUUUAAACUGGGAUUUUUAGGUCAGCCAAGGGGAGAAGGAUAACUGCUGAAAUUCCCCUGAAAUGUUCCCUGAACUUCCUCUAUUCUUUCUUGUUCUUUCCCCCCACCCGCAGAUGGAGACUUCAUUAUGUUAAUGAACGAGAGACGAGGAAGAAAAACGGCGCUCAUUGUGGCCUUGUUGAAUUCUGUUGUGUUUGUUUUAACAUCUCUGAUGCUCUGUUACUAUAAUGACAAGGACCUGCUUUUUCAAAGGCCAGAACAGUUGUUUGGACUUAGUAACAAUGCUGCAUCUGAUCGGAGUGUGCUGCCCAAGCAAACAUGAAAAUGAAGCAAAACCGUAUCACCAGUGGUUUUUGGUCACUCACAACUGAUUUG